CAACAGUCCGCUAAACGUUUAGCCUGUAUCAAACUAAACAAAGACGCUAUGGGAAAUUUGAAGUAACCUGCGCGUCUAUCCUUAGGCUCAACGACUUUGAGCUCUUUCUGCUUGUGGACAAAUCGUUGAUGUACGCUUUGGCAAACGGUAUGGUUUCGUUUAAUUUUAAGUGAACUGAUUUAAUGCCCCAAAAGCAUCGGACUAUGGCCGUGCACCUAAACAUUUUAAAAAAAUAUUCCUAUAUGAGGGUCUUCACUCGCCGCUAAAUUAUACCUGCAUCCAGUCAAACAACCCUGAGGGUAAGAGUUACUAGGUGUGGAUUUGUUUUCUUCUCAUUUAUAUAAAACUUCAGCGUAACCUAACCUUUCGCCAUACGUUUUGUUAUGACGGCGUCACUCGUGAAAUGUGUUGUCCCGUUAUCUUGCUGCAGACGAAGCGGUUCGUAGGUCAUAAGCAGCCCCUUAGGAAAUGGCACAAAGACUACGGCGAUACAUGCCCACUGUUCUCUUUGACACUGCUCUAUUGUUCUAACUUUUUCCAUUCCCUUUUAAAGUUGCUUAUUUCGAGCAACAGGCGAGUUGAAACUGCUUCUCGUCUCGGACCUUUGCUAUUAACUGGCGAUUGCGACAGCUGCAGCAUACAGCCGCUGUGUCUGGACGCGCGUGCAAGGGCGCGCGAAAGGACGUGCGAGUCCUGAAACAUCGCGUGCGAAGCUCGAGUCGUGUCACGCAGAGGAAUCCUCCACCUGAAAGAAGAGGAUGGAAACGCCACCCAAGCGGGUGUAAAAAUCGUAUGCAACAUUAUAUUCUCACUCGAGGGAAGAGCAGUUUUAUUACCCGAGAGCCCUUUUGGUUAACUUUUGUGACUAGCCAAACAUCAACUGCAAAGCAUGAUUCCACCUGGGGAUUGCCUGUAUGCUGGACGGAAACGGAGAAAGCCCAUUCAAAAACAAAAACCUGCCACAGCAGCGAACCAGAAGCCCAACCCGUCUAAGAGACACCGCGACCGGCUGAACGCGGAGCUGGACCGCCUGGCCGGACUGCUGCCCUUCACGCCAGAUGUCAUCUCCAAACUGGACAAGCUGUCUGUGCUGCGGCUGAGUGUGAGCUACCUCCGGGUAAAGAGCUUCUUUCAUGCUAUUCAGGAGAAACCGUGCAGAAAGAACAGCAUUGAGGCCUCCAGCCCGGAGUUAAGAAAACCCAGCCUGGGAAGCAGCGUUCUAGAGAGUGAUCUUCUGCUCGAGUCUUUAACAGGGUUUGCUCUGGUUGUGAGCUCAGAUGGAGUGAUAUUUUAUGCCUCUUCCACCAUCGCUGACUACCUGGGCUUCCAUCAGACGGAUGUGAUGCACCAGAACGUCUUUGAUUACAUCCAUGUGGAAGAGAGGCAGGAAUUUAGAAGACAGCUCCACUGGGCUAUGAACCCCAGCUCACAGGAGGACCAUGCUGGCGAGGACUUCGUGGCGAGAGGUCUGAGGAGCACUCCGGAGGCGGGCAGCGUCCCUCCUGAACUCGCGCCGUUCCUCACGCGCUGUUUCGUCGUUCGAGUGCGCUGCCUGCUCGACACCACCUCCGGCUUUCUGAACAUGCAGUUCCAGGGUAGUCUGAAGGUCCUACAGGGUCAGAUGAAGAAAGCAGAGUGUGGGACUCUGCUGCCCCCUCGGCUGGCGCUGUUCUGCGUGGCCACGCCCCUCGUGCUGCCUUCCAUCGAGCUCAAGAUGAAGAACACGGUGAUGAAGAGCAAGCUUAAAGGCCCCAGCAGCAGUGAAAAGAGGCUUCAUGGUUCCCGUGGCUCCUGUGAUGUGGGGGGCAUGCAGCUGCCCAGCACGCCCUUCAGAGACCACUGCCAUGGGGGUUUGUGGUCAGCCCUUGCCAAAGAGGGCACCCAAUUCAGGAGCAACAACGUCUACACCCGGGACGAGCCCCUCAACUUCUGCCUGUCCUCCACGGAGCUCCCCAAAGCCCAGGCCGCGGACAGUCCCUGGGACAUGCGCUCGCUCUCACGCACUGCGCCCGCCAGCCCCUCCCCCGGCAAGUUCAACAAGCACACCCAACCCGGAACGUUCCGCAUUUUGCCGGGUUGCUCUGCUGCGCCAUCGCAGGGCAGGCACCAUGGGCAGAGCGCGAGGGAGGCUUACAUUGGGAAGGCGGAGAGCAGGUACACGGCACACAGUGAGAAUAAUCAUGGCUUGCUUCUGCCCGAGACUGCCAUUAAGACGGAGCACGACUCCGACUCGGAGAGCAGCUGCAGCGCCUACACCGCGCCCCAUAACGGAGGGUGGCGCUACAGCUCCACCUUUCCCGAGGGACGGCAGUUGAAGAUGGAGGAAGACCACUACAGUCACUACGGCCCGUGCCAGUGCAGCAAGGCUGGUGUUAGCCCUCCUGUCAACGGGCACCACAAGUAUCUCUGCACGGGGGCCAGCAAACCCGCCAUGUGCGUCCUCAACAAAGACAUUGUGCAUCCUGAUCCUCCUGGCAACCAGGGCCCAGGCUGUCUCGACAACCAUGAGUAUGCAGACGGCUCAGCCGAACCCAAGGUCUUCAUGCAGCUAGACUACAUGCUGAGCUAUGAGUUCAGGAGACACGGCCUUCUCCACUCCAUCAAGAGAGAGCCAGCAGACUCCCCCCCGCCCUGGCAGGACAGCAGCCGUAACCUCAGUCGAGCACGCGCAGAAAGGAACAUGUACAACUGUACAAUGAACGCAGCAGCGAACAAAGCCAGUUCCUAUUUGUACAUGCAAUAAUCCCAAGAGCUAAAUUCAUUUCUGUGCAAGAUAUGCUUUUGAAGUCGAAGUGUAUUAGACGUGUAGGAUGAACUGCUCAGGUUUACCCCCUUUUGAGAGGCAAGUGUCCAUAGCAAUACUGAUCUUUAAGGGGUUCUAUAUUUUGGCACUUUUUCAGUGAUAAAGAAAUAUUAACAUUUUGAAUAUAUGUAUGUAACAUGUAAUUAUGUGAUAUUAAAACCCCUGUGUUAACUCGAUAGGGAUGAGUGUUUAGAUUGCAUAUAAUGUUGCAUUGGAUCUUCUCAUGUCAGUGUCCAAUGAUUUUAAACUUUUUAGGUAAAAGAAAUAGUGUUAUUUUGGCUAUGUCUUGUUGAUACUUAUAUAAUUUACUAAAGUUGGAAAAGAGACAGUUUUGGGGUAACAAUAAUCAAAAAGUAAAUAUAUAGCAGUAUUUUUUAUGUUAGAGCAUUUUUAUCAAAUAUUUCUGGGUUUACAAGCACUAAUGGUCCAUCUGUGCUGUGUACCUGUACUGACUGUUAAUUGUCUUUUUAUGAAUCAUAUGUUUUUGGAGUCUAAACAUGGUUUACAUACUCUUGUACACAAUUUAGCUGCUAAGAUACAAUCGCUGAAACGUCUUUUACCAUGCAAAGUGACAUUUCCUGCAGAGUUGUUUUAAAAUGGUGUAAUUAUAAGGAUCAAUAUUUGCCGAUUUGAUUUGUUGGUUUCAGUUCCUUUUUGAUACAGUCUUUAAUACAGUUAAU